AUGGCCGAAGUCCUCGGUAUCGUUUCCGGCGCCGCAGGGCUCCUAAGUCUAGCGAUAGAAGUCACCAAGCUCAGCUACACCUACAUCGCCAGCGUUCGAGGCGCGCCUAAAUCAUUAACCUCAUACAUUGGGGAGCUUGCAACGCUCACCUCUGUUCUUUUACAGCUCGACGACCUCAUCCAGGCGAGAAAGGUCAACAGCCAGAACAACCAGACUCUCAUCAAGGCUUUGAACGACUGCAAACAGGAAGUGGAACACCUGAAGGCAAAGCUGGAGAGAAAAGUGUCAUAUGGCAGAAUUAAAGCCAAGGUGGCUGCUCUGGCUUGGCCAUUGUCUGAAUCGGAGUUGCAGGAUAAAGUAAACAUGCUGCAUCGCUACAAUGGCAUUUUCUUGUCUGCCUUGCAAGCCGAUAGUUUAACCGUUGCAAUCGCCACGAACAAAGAACUGCAAGACUUUAGGCACAGUAAGUACCGAGCAAAGGAAAUAAUUGCCUGGUACAAGUCGGAUGUCGCAAUUGAGGUUUCAACCUCUCACCUGGAGGAUUACUGUCCCUCUACGUGGCAGACAUUUCUAUCGGGCUCUUUCUAUCAAUCUUGGCGCAGUGGCUCAACGCCUGUCGUUUGGGGUUAUGGUAAACCUGGUGCUGGGAAAACAGUAUUAACUGCACUUGUUCUCCGAGAUGUCAAGUCUGGUACUUUACCUGGCACAGCCAUCGCCUCACACUUUUUCAGCAGCAGCAAACCCAAAGAGUCUGUGAGCAAUGUCCUCCGCAGCCUCAUCGCCCAAGCACUCCACAGCUGCCCUAUCAUCCCCCAAGAGGCAUUGGCUCUGUAUGAAAAGCGGUCCCAGAAUCUAAUGAUGACCGACCUGAUCAAUGUCCUUGGGGCCAUUGCUAAAUCAAUGACCACAUGUAUCAUUCUUGAUGCACUUGACGAGUGUCCCUUCCUUCCUAAGCUUUUCAAUAUCCUGUUAACAUUGCAGGAGCUAGGAGUAAGAAUCUUUGCAACAGCUCGCGAUCUGCCAAAGAUCAGAAAGCAUUUUGAGAAGAAGCCACGGGUGGAAAUUUCUGCUACAAGACAAGACUUGGAUUUCUACGUUAAUCACCGAUUGGAGCAUGGAGAAGUUGAUGUCGAGUCAAUUGGAACAGAAUUGAAGUCAGAUCUUGUGUCUGCGAUUGUGAAAAGGGCGGCGGGGUCGUUCCUACUUGCUCGGCUCAUCAUGGAUCACAUCACCAGCCUUCUCACUAUCAAGGACAUACGAAAAGCCUUGAUCUCGUUACCAGCUAAUUACGACGAGGCGUACCUUAGCACGUUUGACCGUAUAGUCAAGCAAGCCCCUGGUCUGAGGAACCUCGCCUUGAAAUCAUUGAAUUUCAUUUCUUACGUCAAGGAGCCUUUACGAAUGACUGAAUUGCAACAUGCCCUCGCUACCGAGGAAGGGAUGCUGGAGAUCGAUCCUGAGGAUCUUCAAAGUUCCAAAAAUAUUAUAUCAUCCUGCCUUGGACUACUCGUCGUUUCAGGACCAGAAAAAACCGUCGAGUUGGUACAUUCAACUGCGCGAAGAUUCAUCCAGAGUCAACCAGAAGGAAUGGAUAAGCAUCCCCAUCUGACAAUUGUUCGCAGUUGCAUCUCAUACAUGUCAACAAAUGAGAUGCGCCAGGGCUGCUGUACGUCCCACGAAGAGAUCACUCAACGUUGUCAGAAGCAGCCGUUCCUACAUUAUGCAGCGAACUUCUAUGGCUACCAUGCUCAAGAAGCUGAGGAAGAAUGCUUUAACCAGCUUUCGGAGUUUUUAGAAGACGACGUCCUUCGGGAAAGCUCUUGGCAACUUUUGAACUUCAAAGCUCAUCUCGAUACUUCUGUCUCCGAAUCUGUGUUCGACUCUAGUCCCAGAAAUGUACUUGCUUUACACGUCGCCGCAUUCUGGGGUUUUUGCAAAUAUGUGGAUUAUAGAUCUGGCCGCACCCAGCUAGGAGCUCCAAGCAUCCAGAUACAGAACUUAAAUAAAGCUGACUCUCAUGGGUGGACACCAUUGCACUGGGCCGUAUCCAUGGGCCACAAUGGCAUUGUCGAAACUCUUCUUAAAUCAGGAGCCAGUCCUGAGCUACCGGAUCUUGCAGGAUGGACUCCAACAUUCUGGGCAGCUUUCAAGGGUCAUGCGGAUAUUAUUGAAAUGCUGUGGCGGUAUGACACAGCUCCAUUCUGCUGCGAUAUCAAAGGACUCACUCCACUUCACUGGGCAGUAUCCGCAGGUCAAACCGAAAUCAUCAAGCGGCUUUUGAAACUCAAAACACGAUUUGGACAGUACGAAAAGUCGCCAGUACUCUCACUCCCGUCACUGAACGAUUUCACGGUUGAAAGAGCUCGUGCAUUGGCAAACAAGGCAAAUGAGAGUCCUUUCAAAUUCUACUCAGAAGGAACAGACAUCGAAAUGUUUUCCGCCAUCUUCGACGCCCUAAAGCAAAGCUUUCGUGAGAAAGAAAACAAACCUCGUGAAAGUGAUGAGGGCUAUUACACAUUUGAUCCCUUCCUUUAUGGGCCCUUUGGAGAAAGUCUGAAGGCUGAUUAUGGAAGAAGAGCAAGACCAGACCGCGACUACCUGUGGGAAAAACCAGAUGCUGGAUUUCUUAAGUUUGUGGAUGAACUGCUCAUUCACGCUACGCGAUCACAGGACUUGCCCAUCAUCAAACUGAUGGUUGAUCUUAAGCUUGUGAAGGUUUCUGGGAUUGAUGGCCUUGCUCUUCUUCACGAAGCGGCAGCAUCUGGUUGGGUCGAGGGCAUGUCUGCAUUGAUCACCCUUGGGGCAGAUGUCAAUAAUCGGGAUAGAAGGUAUGGGCAAACACCUCUUCACAAAGCCUGUCAAAGCCAACGGGAAGAAGCAAUCAAACUGUUGUUGGCUGUCGACAAGAUUGAAACUAAUUCUCGAGCCAACUGUGGACGAACGCCAAUCAUGGACCUCAUGACCGCUUCAAAUGAAGAGAAAGCAGUCGAUCUGUAUAAGUUAUUGGUAGCCAGAGGAGCAUCCACAUCCAUCAAAGACACAGAAGGGAACUCCCUCAUGCAUUUCGCUAUGCGAACAUGUAAUGCCACAAUCGUCCGAAUGUUGUGUACCGCCGGUUUAAGCAUCGAAUCUCCGAACCAAAGUGGUCAAUUGCCAUUGCACUGGAUGGUUCAUUGGAAUUACUUCGAUUUCCGCAAGCAGGUGACACCUGGCGAAGCCCAAAUCGUGAGGGAAAAGCGCCACAAUUGCAUCAAGCUCGUCUAUGAACUCUCGAGACCCAGCUCCCUGGAUUCUGUGUGUGAUUGGGGAAAUGGAGAAACGGCUUCUCAGGAAACGCCUUUGUCAUUAGCUUUGGAUAGUCGCAAUUGGGAUCUUGCAGCCGACCUGCUCAAGUACAUCAAGCAGCCUGUGAAUAUGAGUUGCUUGCCUGAUCCGUAUACUGGAAUUUUGCACGAACUUUGUAUGGUGUCAGAAAGACUUGCCUCAGUCUCAACCCCCAGAAGCCGUGGUCGAACGAUGCUAUAUUAUGAGCUCCAGCCACUCCCCCUGCAUGAUUGGAGCCGUAUACUUCACCUCUUUCUGGACGCCGGAGCUGAUAUCAAUGGGGCUAAUUUCAAAGGAAACACGCCCCUGCAGCUGUCCGUACAGAGAGCAGCUAGCAUACCUGUCAUUGAUACCCUGCUCAAACUAGGAGCCGAUCCCUACCAAGCAAAUGAAGAUGGGUUAGACUGCUUCCAGCUUGCACUGCUGUAUUGCGACAAAGCAGGGAGUUCCGAGAUCAUGCGCUGUCUUCGAACUUACGCGAACACCCAUCCAGAGCCAGCUCAUUAUUUCUGCCAAGGAGGCUUCCUGAUUACCCCCGAUACUCCUAUAGACAACGAGGAAACUCGCUACCUUCAGGUCCUCCGCCAGACUAAUACCAUCAACUGUGAGACCCUGUCGGGUCGUACGCUUAUCUACGAAGCUGCUAGUCGUGGAAACACACACUUAGUACAAAGGUUACUGGAACAUGAUGCUUAUCCGCGUUAUAUAGAUGACUCCGGUAGUUCUGCACUGCAUGCAGCGGCGAAGCAGCAAGCUCCGACGACAGUGGCCCUCCUACUCCAGGCCUGGGGAGGCGUAGAUCCAGUUUCCGUCGAUGAAUAUGGCUUAACAGUUAUAGACACGGUGUUGCGUGAUUGUCUCGGAGCCUGCAUUAGCGGUAAAAUUUCCAGCGACGUAGUCGAGGUCGUCCGCAUCUUGCUGGGCUAUGGUGCUGACCCAAGUUAUGCCCUCUCACUCCCUAUUAACGCACUUUGCCAGUCAAUAUACUUCCCUCAUCUCGAAAGAGCCACUCCUGAAGAUUCAGAUCGCCUGGUACUAGAGGUACUGAAACUACUGGUUGAUGCGGGGGCACGAGUUGCUGAUAGCGCUGAUGAUAUCAUAGUUGGUGUUGUUGCAAAGAUGGAGGGUUAUGAAUUGCUAUGGGAGGAAAUGAGAUCACAGUUAAUGACAAGCAGGUCAUAG